CUAAUGGAAAUUCCAGAUUAUAGUCCGUUAUUCAUUGCCGUAGUUCUCUUCAAAUGGGCAGUCUUUAUUUGGGAUGAAUACCUAACUUGGCGACAAAGAAGAGUAGUGUUGAAUAAAACUACAGUUCCAGAACCUUUAUCACAUGUACUAGAUGAGGAAACGAUGAAUAAAACAAGGAGGUACUCUUUGGACAAAAUGACUUUUGGAUUUUGGCAGAGUUUGUAUAGUGAAGUGGAGACUAAUAUCAUUCUGCUUCUGUUUGCACUUCCUUGGGCGUGGGACCGAAGUGGUGAUAUUCUCAAUAAAGUACCUCUAGACUGGAUAAAAGACAGCGAAAUUUUCCAAUCUCUGAUCUUCGUAUUCUUCUUUUCCGUCUUCGGAUUAAUAACAGGUCUACCCUGGUCAAUUUAUUCAACAUUUGUGCUGGAAGCACGUCACAAUUUCAACAAACAAACGCCUGGUUUCUUCGUCAAAGAUACUAUCAAGAAGUUCAUUGUGAUGCAAUUAAUCGCGAUGCCGCUUUUGGCUCUUCUGAUUUGGAUCAUAAAAAUUGGAGGACCAUACUUCUUCGUUUACGCGUGGCUGUUCACACUUGCUGUAUCGAUUGUCUUGAUCACAGUUUAUCCGUCUUACAUUGCGCCCUUAUUUGACAAGUUCACACCAAUGGAGGAGGGUCCACUCAAAACAGCCAUUGAGAAGCUGGCGUCUUCAGUGCAAUUUCCGUUGGCGGAGUUGUUUGUCGUUGAAGGUUCCAAGAGGUCGUCUCACAGUAACGCGUACUUCGUGGGACUAAUUAAGAAGCGAAUAGUUCUGUUCGACACACUCAUGGUGGGCCUGCAUCCUGACAACAAAGUCGACGAAGAGAAGAAAGAUAAGGCAGGGGAAAAUCAGGACGAGAACAAGGAAGCAGAGCAGCCGACUACAUCGGGCGAAAAGAAGACGACAAAUGAAAAGAAGCGAAAGGGCUGCACUGAUGAGGAAGUCUUAGCUGUGUUGGGUCAUGAACUGGGCCACUGGAAAAUGUGGCACAUACCCAAGAACUUCCUUAUAUCCGCCAUCAACACAUUCCUAUGUUUCGCCGUAUUCGCAUAUCUCUACCAGAAGCCAGAGAUUUAUCAGGCAUUUGGCUUUCACAAUUCCAUGCCCAUUUUGAUCGGCCUCUUCAUCAUCUUCCAGUUCAUUUUUGGACCCUACGAAAUGAUUCUCUCCUUCGCCAUGACUCUCUUGUCCAGAAGAUUUGAGUUCCAAGCUGACGAAUACGCUGUGAAACUGGAACUGGAAGGAAAAUUAGAUGACGGAAGCACGAAACUCAAAUCAGCACUCAUUCAGCUCCAAGUUGACAACCUAGGAUUCCCUUACAGCGACUGGUUAUAUUCUACGUUUUAUUAUAGUCACCCACCGAUACUGGAUCGUCUGAAGGGAAUUGAUGCGGCGAAAGAAGCUCUGAGUAAGAAGACGGAUUGACUAACCGUCCAAAACCUACAGGAUGUUGAUGCAUGAGCUAGAGCAAAAUAUUCUCAUUAAAAGGCAUUACAUGGCGCGCAAGAGGCAUUUUCAAUACCUGAAAUAAAUUAUAUCAAAGCUCUAAAAACUGAACGACUAGCCCAAUAGAUUUUUUUUCGAAGUUACAAUAGUUACCAGAAUAGCCAAAACGAUUGAUCGAAUUAGAAUUAUUGUAUUUAGAAAAAUUCGAGGUUGCCGAACCCAGUAAAACUUUUUUUGCUGAUUUGGUUUCUCAAUCCAUUCUGAGUUUUAGCGAAUCUGUAAAGGCUGUUUAAAUCGUGUUGGCCUUGCUAGUAUUGUCUGGAUUUACUGGAUGAAUUUAAGAGUGAAUUUAAGGGAUGAUUUUUAA